UGGGGGGGGGUUGUCUGAUGUGGAGCACACAAAGGGUUGAGAGAGUUUAGUUACAAAACUAAGUUGCCAAAUGGGCUUCUUACCGCUGCCCCCAGCUCUCCACCCAGCACCUCUGUGUCUGUGUGUUACAUAACCAGCUGAUAGCAAGUUUGUGCUUGUCCAGUUGCUUUGAAAGUGGAGCUCUGAUGAGUCCAUCAAUACAUUUUGAAGAAUUCACAUGUUCAGUCAAUCAGCACAUUACAAAUUACAUACUGUAGAUCAUCCAAAUUCUGAACAGUGUUGGAUUAAGGGGGAUAUUAUUUAUCACAUAAAGCAGAGGUUUAUGCAACUUUUUAUGCCAAACAAGAUGAUUUAGUUCAUCCAACUCUUCUUCUCACUCCGAUGUUACAAGACUUAAAUGACUCACGUUUUUUUUUUACGAUUUAUGAAACUAUUAAGGAAACUGAAAAGAACAAUCACAUCACCAUAAGGAACAUAGGUUAUAAUGAUAAAUAGUAAACAUGUCUUGGCCACAUUGGGUUUUGCAUUGCAUGAGGUUACAAUUGUUUUGUUAUAUCCAGAAAGUUCAAAGUUUUAUCUGAAUUUGAGUGGAGUUUAUUUCUCAUAAAGAUUUUUUACCCCUUUUUCAGGCAUGCUUAAGUUUAGCAAAUGUUACUCUAAACAGUUUUUUCUUAUUUGUUUUUUUUUUUUUAGCUUUUUUGCACUCUUACCAAACAGCUUGAUAGUCCAGGCAUGCACAGGCAUUUGUGAUGGAGGAGGGAGGAGGGAGUAAAGGGAGGGGUGUUAAAAGAACCCUAUUAUGUACCCACUCUCCCUUUUCUUCCCCUCUCACCUCCCACCUCUUCCAUCCACACGUGCCAGUUGUGUAACAGCAGUGAUUUGCAUGCCAGUGAGUGGAGGCCGAAGAGUUUUUUUAAUGCAAAAGCUAGCUGUAGGCCAGGGGAGGAGACAGAAAGAGGAGGAGGAGGGGAUGGGGAGCAGGACUCUGCAGGAUAUAAGGAGCAUCCACUGCCCUUCUCCACUUCACUUCUCCCUGAUACUUCACUCACCGCUGCUGAAGCCCAGAACACAAAAGGUGAAGCCAUGAGGAACACACUCCUGAGGAUGCUGGGCGCCCUGAUGUGUGUGGUGGCUGCCUGCGCCGAAGUCACGCCUGUAACAGACUUUGACCUGGAGAAGAUGGCAGGCAAGUGGUAUAUUGUUGGCUUUGCCACUAAUGCCCAGUGGUUUGUGAACAACAAGGCAGGGAUGAAGAUGGGCACUGCCAUGUUGGUGCCAACUGCAGGAGACCUAGACCUCUCUUAUGCCAACCUGAAUGCUGAUGGUACCUGCUGGAGAAUGACUCACCUUGCUAAGAAAACCGAAACUCCCGGACGCUUCACCUUCCACAGCCAGAUUUGGAGCAACGACAAUGACAUGCAGAUUGUCGACGUUAUCUAUGAUGACUACGCUCUGGUCCACACUAUUAAGACAAAGAACGGAGUGUCCGAGGUCCUCAACAAGCUUUACAGUCGCACUCCUGGAACCAGUGACGUCCCGCAGCAGAAGUUUACCCAGCUCUCUCUGGAGACUGGCAUCCUCCCUGACAACAUCGCCAUCUUGCCUGAGAAUGGUGAAUGUCCCGAGGUCUGAAGAGUCCCCUGCUAUUUUCCAUCCUUCAUCUCUCGCUGCAUGAAGUCCCAGGCUUUCCUCUCAGACGAAUCUUAUAUAUCCCACUCACUGUGAGAUUUGCAUCAUCACAAAGCUACACCCGAGACAAUGAAACUUAAGCAUUUUACUCAUAUCCCUGCUGCAUACCAAAGACCGAUCCUGAUCCUAGUUCAGGCCUCAUUCCCUCCGACUCACACAUUAACUGUGGCAUCAGAGUGGAACCAAAAAAGAACUGAUGGUUAAAACAAAGGGAAGGAAUGAGACUCUACAAAGGCAUUUUCUACUGUUUUGUGUUUUGUUGCUAUAAACUCAAAACCAAUAAAAAUGAUAAAUGCAUCUUUCAGUGUU